AUGCUGCAGCGUGGUGUAUUCCAGCGUAUGGCGCGCGCGAUCCCGUCGCGCUGCAUGAGCACGACGGCCGUGCGUGCACACGAGCUGCCACCGACACAGGCGCCCAAGGACCUGCCGCGCGGCACGGUCGUGCCGGGCGACAAGGUCGACCCGCAGCUGGGCGACUACCCCGCCAUGCCCUUCCAGAACCAGCAGUUCCGCCCAUACAGCCGCCACUGGUGGGACACGCAGGACCGCCGCCAGUACGGCGAGACGCUUCACGAGCAGGACGACGUGCUGAACAUGUGGUCGCCUGAUGCAUACAAGACACCCGGCCCCUUGGCCCUGCGCCACUUUCUGAUGGCCGUCACAGCCGUCGGCGCCUUUUCGCUGCUUGUGUACAAGAACUCAUUCCAGCCACCUAUGGUGCGCAAGACGUUCCCCCGCGACGGCCUCGCUGACGAGCUGGGCGGUGCACAGGCCGCCGCUCGGACCGAGCAGGACCUCGAGGAGCGCGAAGACGAGGAAUAG